AUGGAUGAAAAACGAGUGCAGAAACUUAUAAAAGAAGCCGAACGAAUUCAACAUUCUGUUUCACGAAAUCCAAAAGAAAAAAUUGAUAUCUAUCAUGAAACAGCUGAAGCAUGCCGUUCUAUAGGAAAAUAUGAUCAUGCAAUAAAAUAUUUUACACUUGAAUUACGUGAAGCACAAUCAGCUGAUAUACGAGACGAUAUUCUUUAUUGUCAUCGAUUUUUAGGUGAAUGUUAUUUCGCUAAAAAUGAAUUUGCUACAAGUGAAAAACAUCAUCUAAAUUUUCUAUCAUCAGCACAAGAAUAUAUUGAUGAUGAACGCACAGAACAAGCUUAUACAUGUUUAGCACAUACUUAUUGGGUAUGGUUAAGUUAUUUACAAGAUGAUAUGUUGCAUGAUACUGAAUGUGAUCAAUUUCCACGUGAAAUAUGUAAGAAGAGUUUAGACGCAGCAAAAAAUAGUUUAUUAAUGAUUGAAAAACUUGAUUAUCAACUUAAAAUUGAUAUGAAAGCAAAACAAAAUAUUAAAACGAAAGAUAUGGAAAAAAGACAACAAGAUUUAGCUUUAAAACGUGUUCGGGCUUAUAUUAAUAUUGCCAAUGCUAUGAGUGAUAAAUAUACUACGGGUGACAAAUCGGGUGCUAAUCUUAAAGCUCUAAGUCAAUAUAUCAAAAGUGCCAUAGAAUUAGCCAAAAAACAUCAAUUACAUGAAGAAUUAGCACGUCUUCAUUCAUCCGUAUCAACUUUCUACUUAAGUGUUCCUAAUUUUCUACAAUACAAGAAAGAAAUUAUUGCUACUAUGGAACAAGCUUUACAUUAUGCACAAUUAGCAAAAAAUACAUCUGAAUAUUUAUCAUGUUUACAUGAUAUUGCUCAAACCCUUCUACUAUUCGAUGAUUAUCAAGGUUCUAAAAGUUAUCUUUUGAAAAUUUAUCGCUAUCGAAAAAAUGAUCCCAUCAAAGAAAAAGCUCGUCGUGAUUUAGCUGAUGUUCAAAGAAUAUUAACUGGUCUUCAAGAUCGAUAUGAGCAAGAAACAGAUUUAGCAAAAAAAAUGCAUUUAGCAGAAAAAUGUGCUGAUACCUUUUCUCGUCUUAAACGAAAUGAACAAAGUAAAAAUUAUUAUUUAAAACAGUUAAAACAUGCACAAGAAUUAAAUUUAGAUGAAAGUGAAAUGGCAACUAUUUAUUCAUCACUUGGCAGUAUAUGUCAAGACUUGAAAGAAUGGCAAGAAAGUAUUAAUUAUUUUCGACGUGAAAUGAGUUGUCGAAUUGGUUUGGGCUCACGUGCUGAUGUUGAACAAGGAUAUUCUCUUUGUGAAAUAAUUAAAUGUGAAUAUCGUCUGAAAGUUGAUCUUGAUGUACGAAUAAAAACAUUCGAACGUGUUUUAAAUAUUGCUCGAUCAGCAAACGAUCGAAGUUUAAUGAGAAUGGCAAUUUCACUUGUAUUUGGUAUGAAACUACGUGAUUCAUCUAUACAUUUAAAUGAUGAUUUAGAAGAGUUUAUGGCUAAUGUCCAGCCACCAAUAACAAAAGAGAAUUACAGUGAAAUUUUACGUCGAGCAGAACGUACGAAUAGUGAAAUAACGGAUUCUUUACAAUCCAAUGAUGAUGAAGACGACGAAGAAACUAAUGCUAAUGGCAGUGAUGAUGAUGAUGAUGAUGAUGAUGCUAUUUUAGCAACACUAUCCGAUGAAACAGACAAUGAAGAUGAAAAUGAUGAAAAUGAUAAUGAAUUAGAUAUGACGAUACGCAGUAAAACUCGGCAGAGAAAAAAAAUUUGGAGAAAUUGUUAUGGUGAAAGUCGUUUACAUUUAGCCUGCAAAGAAAAAAACGGAUUAAGAAAAGUGAAACAAUUUAUUGCUGAAGGGGAUGAUAUUAAUCUACAAGAUAAUCAUGGUUGGACACCAUUACAUGAAGCAGCCAAUCAUGGACAUGCUGAUAUAGUUCGAUAUCUUCUUGAUUGUAAAGCAAAUAUCAAUGUAAAAGCAAAUAAUGGAAUAACUGCUCUUAUUGAUGCUUGUAAUACUGGAUGUUUUGAUAUUAUUGAAAUAUUGCUUUCGUAUGGUGCAAAAGCGAAUAUUCGUACGAAUAAUGGUUAUACAGCCGUUGAUUAUUUAACAUUAUAUGAUGAAAAUAUGUCACCAGAUGAUCGUCGAAAAUUUAAUCGUUUAAAAGAAUUACUCUUAGCUGCUAUGAGAAAGGAUGAGCCAACUUAUUGUACGCAGAAAGUUAUUCGUAGUGAUUUUGGAAAUGAAACAGACGAAGAAGAAACAACACUUACAACAGAACAGAAUUCAAAUAGCAAUGAUAGUGUGGAUGGUAUUGUAGAAAAUGAUAUUGAUAAACGUCCCAAAUAUAAAAAUAUAAUGAAUAAUAUUCGACGGGGAAUUCGAACAGACGAUGACGAAACAGCUAACAAACAAUCACCUGUAAAAAGAAAAAAAACUAAAUUAACACCAUUUAUAUCUGAUGCUGAAUAUGAACGAAUUAAUACAAGUGAAAAAAAUUGGGUUGUCAACGAUGCAGAUCCAAUUGAGGCUGACGAUUCAUCUGUUUCUACAAAAACGCGAAAACAACGUCUUCAGCGAUCCCGUUCGCCAUCAGUGUCAUCAUCACAUACACCAGCACGUAAACGAAAGCGAACAAUGACUGACACAAAAUCUCCUGCAAAAGUAUCUGACUUGACAUUUUCAUCUCUUCCACAAUCAUCAAACGAUAUGGAUCUUGCUACCUUUGAUGAUUUGGAUAUAUUUUCACCAUUGAAAAAAGAAUCACCUCUACCAUCUCAUCCUACUCCAUCUCUGUCACCAGUUCUACAAAUAAUGACCCCCAAAUCAAUCGGCCGAUCGCGCCAUCCAUCAUCAACAUCAUCCACAAAUACAAUAGCAACAACUAUAAGUGUACCACCUUCAAUUUCGCAUGAUCCAAGCACGAGAAUUAUUCGAUGUUUAGCAAAUACAACUCAACGAACAAGCGAAGAUAAAAAACUUCGAAUACCAAUGUCACCAUCAGCUACUCUAACUAGUCUUCGCUAUCAAGUUCUCAAACGAUUACAUGAUAAUUUUCAUAUUUAUGCAUGUUCUGUGAUACUCUAUGAUCGACAAGAUUGGGAAUUAGGCAUGGCCGAAAGUGAUACCGUCCAAUUAGCUAUACCAGUCGAUGAAACUGAUAUAAAAGCAACUUACAUUGAAAAAGACCCAGUUCUUCUAUAUGAACAACUUUGUAAAAUAAAUAAAAUUGCUGCCUAUUCAAAUAUUCGAUCGGCAUUAAAAAUGUUUUUUGAUAAAUUUGAAUUAUCACUUCAACGUUUAAGUUUGAGACUAGAACAAACUAUAUGUAUAUUGCAAGUAUUCGAAAAUUUUAUGUUUAUUUAUUCAAUUAACUUAUCAGAGAAUAGUCUAACUGAUGGAAUAUUUGAUCAAUUAGGGAAACUGUGCUUAGAUCAUCUGAAAUCAUUGAAUCUUUCAAAAAAUAGAUUUACAUCUAAUGGAAUACGAAAAUUAUUUGAACAAAAAUUGAUGAAUAAUUUACUUGUACUUGAUUUGACUGGUAAUUCAGACAUUGAUUGUGUUACAUUAACGUUUAUCCGAACUCGGUAUCCAAAUCUUACGGUGCAUCAUUAA